UGAGCUCAGCGCGCGCCGGGGGGCAGGUAACGUCAGCAGUCGGCCGGAGCAAGGAAAGACUGAAUACACACCUACCAAGUGUUUAUCGGCGCUCAAUCACUGAUACACAUCGACUCACAUUAAUGAUGGGCAGCUAAUCACCUCCGUGUGACUCAGAGACGCUUUUUUUCUUUUUAUUUCGGCGCCUCAGCAGCAUCCCGCGCCCUCCGCUCGGCUUGAAAUGGGAUGAUAUGGGAUUUUUCAUGUCGACGAAGAUCGGAUGGAUUGUUGCCUUUGCCACCGUAUUUCUGUCCUUAGCGGUGCCAGGAGACUCUGUGGAUGUGAAGUGUGAGAACAUUUAUAAGGACUUCUCCGAAUGCGUCCUGGAGCUGGGAGAGAGCAUGGACAACUACCAGGAGAACGUGACCAGUGAGAGGGGAGUGGCAGCUGUGUGCAGCCACUGGGAAGCUUUCCACACUUGUGCGCUCACGGCACUGUCCGACUGUCAGGAGGAAGUCAGCUCCAUCUGGGAGACUCUGAGGCAGGACUCCAGGAAGAUACGCUUCCAGGGAAGUCUGUUUGAUCUGUGCAGUCCCAGCUCCUCUCCCAGUCUAAGUUCACCUAGCGCUGUCCUCAUCUUGCCGCUGAUGCUGGCCUUGACUGGGCCCGGCUGGGCUUCUGCAUAGAUGGAGCAGGGGUUGGGUGAGGAGGACGUCGUAUUCGCUGUGCUUCGGUCCUCCAGAGUUUAAACUUAAAGCCAAGGAUUUAAGAGCACAAAUGUUUCAAAGGAUUAUUUUGACCUAGAGUCGCUGAUGUCUGUGAUGAAUGAGGUUUGAAAUUCUCUCAAAUACUCCAGCUUUGGGUGGAGUGGCAGAAAGAAUUGCAUUAUAAACAGAUUAAAAGCACACACUCUCGUGGAUUUCACAUUCAAUUUGGUCAGCUCGUUCUACUAUCAGACACCUGUGGCUCUGGGUUAUUAACACUGUACAAGGAGUAGGCACAUUGCCGCAUAUAGCUGUACAAUGUCGUGCAGUAAAACACAGCUUGCAAUAGUUUACCUGUGUGAAAAUAUAACGUCUAAUUUUUGUAGUUUUUAAGCCCAAAUAACUUUUUAUUCAUCGCUCACAUUUUUGUAUAUAAGAUAGUUAUUGCAUCCAUGGUGUGUUUUGUGUAAAGUCUGAUUUCAUUAUGCUCCUUAAAGAAAAAGUUUGAUUUUACAAUAAGUAAAUUAGAAAACUAACCCCACUUUAAGAUCUCACCAGUAAAUAUGAAAGGCAUAGCAACCAGUUUUAGCUUAGCUUGUCAUUAAAUAUAUAUAUAUUUUUUUCACUUUUGUGUAAUUUGAAGAAAUGAUUUAUAAAAUGUUUGUGAAUGAUCUGUGCUGGCAGUUCUGCCCCACCCUCUUAUUUCCAGUUUUUAAGCUAACCAGCUGCUGCUUGUAGUACAGGCGAUGGGGCUGUCAGACUACUACAAUGCCAGUCUGCCUCUUUAAUUAUGAGCUACAGCGUAAACCUUUUGACCUCCACUGAGUUUGUAUAAACACAGCUUUGCUCUGUGAAAACACUAAAGAGACACGUCAUGAAGAAUAACAUCUUACCGCUUUUAAGUUCCUCACAAACUUGGUACGAAAACCAAGGAAAUUAUUGUUUGGUUGGUUGUCCUCUGUUGUAACAAUGCUUCAUGUUAAAUAUUAUACUACUGGAAAGCCUGUUAAUUUCUCCUUAAAUGCUGCCACAUUUGUAAGGAAAACACAUUUUUGGGUUGAGCAGCAGAGUUGAGUAUGUGGGUUGCACAAAAUCUUCAGCUUAUUCUGCUACUGACUCUUGUUUGGUGCUUAUUGGAUUGGACGAUCGAAGUCUGAAGAAACAAAGUAUAUUGGCAAUUUAACAAUGACAAACCAGAUUUGACAAGUUUUUCAUGGGUGCAGCUCUCAUACUCAGAUUUAUUGCCGAGACGUAUUGUUACAACAUAGAAAUUAUCGACCAAACGCAAAUUUCUGUACUUUUUGUUUAUUUAAGGUUGUUACCGACCAAACAAAGAGCGAAAUCAGACUCAACAUGACUAAACAACAUUUGUAUGCACUAUAGAGGUGAAUUCAACCUUUAACUUGUUUUGAAGUGUAGAAAAUGUUGUAGUAAGGUGACAAUCAAGCAGUUCGUACACAACUUUGGAUUCCCUUUCUCCUUAUAAGCUUUCAGCCCAUCAUGGCUGAUGUUGCAUAGCUGCUAUAAAGACACCAAAAAUAGGGGAUGUAUAUUGCACAUGAUCCAUGUUAAACCUUUAGUUAAACCACGGCUCCUUUUAAUUUUCCAACCCACUGAUCGUUGUGUAAAAACAAAUUUUUUAUUUUUGUGACUUUCUGUGAGAAAAUGCUCACUUGCUAUUAACAUCCUAUUACUAACCUUGUGCAUUAAAGUAGUCUGCAUACUCCAGUAGAUGACAGAAUACAUGUGGGUGGCUUUUCAAAGACAAAUCUGCCAUAAAGUUCUACUGAUUACAUCAUUAAUAUGUGUUUGAUAUAUCAAACAAUGUUCUCCUCUUCUAAAAUUUUUUUUAUCUGUUAAGUCAAAUUGUGAGAAUAAUAACAAACUUCAGAAACAGAAAGAUUAAUGUGUAAUAACUUGCAUCUAUUUAGCACAAAAGUCUAUGAGAUGUCAUAAGUAGUAAUUGUCUUUUGUGAUUAAUAUUUUGGUGAAUUUGUCAUGAAAAAAAAAACGGUGUUUAUUUUUAAAACAGCAUCAAGCCCUUUGGUUCGGAGUAAAUUCAAAUGUUGGAGAAAUAGUGUUUCUCUUUUGUUUGUUUUGCCCAAACUGUGUCCAUAUAUACAUAUUUGCUUUAAAAAUGAUCUUAACAAAGUUGGAUCAUUCAGUCGUUUAUGUUAUCACAAGUGCAUGGUGAUUUUUGUGACAGUGCUUCAGAAAAAUGGACAGAUUGUUAAUUUUACCUCGGAGAUGGCGUGCAGUGGUCUUGAUCUGUGCAUGAAGUUAUGCUAGCUCCUCAAUGUGCCUGCAUCCUUUGUUAUGCAGAUGUAUUAUCCUCACCCCCAUACCUACCUAAACUCCAUCAGCAUGUUUGCUCUGUUUCUAUUUCUUUCAUCUUUCAAAGUGCAAUCCCUUUUCCAAAAAAGAUGGGAAGAGCCAAAUUAUACAGAAUGUUUGGAUUUGGAAAUCAUGUAAACCCCUAUUUAAAAUAAAUAUAACACACCGUACUAAAUAUAAUGAGAUGGAUAUUUACGAAUGUCACAUCUCAAAAGCACAUGAGAUAAGAGCGUGUUCAUCACUUCUUGAAACAACACUCCACAAGCAUUUCGAAACUGAGAAAACCAAAUGUAGUUCUGAAAUCAAUUUUUUCCCAAUUUAUGCUUGUUAACCUGCUUAACAGUUCAGUUGUUCUCUGCAGAAGAUGCCACCAUAUGUUCUUUUAAAGCCUGUUUAACAUUAAUGAUGCCUGGAUGGACAAAAGUAUUGGGCCACCCACAUGUCACACCUACAGGAGCUGCUCGGUUAUGGAAAGUCGUGCCACGAAGCUCCUAGUGGACAGUUUUUGUGCUGAUGUUAAUGCAAGAGGAGGCUUUCUGCAGUUACUAAGACAGCAGAGCUUUGGCAGCUUUUACGCACUAUGCACCUCAACGCUCGCCAGUUCUGCUCUGUAUCUUUAUGUUACCACUCUUUGGCUGAGUUGUUGUGGUUCCUAAACGCUUCCACUUUGCAAUAAUACCACUAACUCUUGAUUUAGACUUCUGCAGGGAAUCUUUGUAGAGCCUACAACGUAACGUACGUAAGUGGCUGAUGUCAUUUGUGCUUGUGCUGGUGCAUUCUGUGUGGUCAUGGCUCAGUGUUUUAUAUGCGGUGCCAGGUGAUAGGAAUAAAUAAACUGCAGGGAUUUUUUUCCUCCUCUUAUUGAAGUCAGUUUUUUUUGAGGGUCCAAACAUAUUUGUUACUCUGGGGGAGAAUAGCUUAAGCAAUUUUCCUCCAGGAAUUUGCUGACAUUUAUGAGUCUUCAUAUAGAUAUGAUUAUUUUUCCUUUUAAUGAGGCAAUGAUUGUUAUUCUCACAUGGAUAAAUUCAAAAGGAAAAAUCAACAGGACUGAACAGGCCAGUCACAAUAGCUGACAUGUAGUCGAAUCACGUUAUGGCUCAGGGUUUAAGGGGGAUUUGAGGUUGCGACAAUUAGAGCAUAGAUCAAAAAGCAUAAACCCAAAGUAACAACUAAUGUUGUAACAACGACAUCCUACUACAGGGCAGCACUUAAAUUCAGUGAGUUCUUGAGAACAACCCAUUCUUUCACAAGCAGACUGCAGGUGUGGCUACGUGCUUGAUUUGAUACACCUAAAUUCAAACAUUAAGAGGUGUGGCCUAAUACUUUUGUCCUGUAUAGUAUAUCUGCAAUUUACCAUACCAUACAUACUAAUGCUUCCCAUAUCAUGGUUGCUAGUAUGUAGGUGGUAAGAUUUAAUAGUUUAUGCAACUACCAGAGAAGACAACGUAUCAGGAUGUUUCUUUAUUUUUGUUUGUUUUAAUUUAUUCUUAUGGAUGACAAGACAAACCUGUUCUCUGACAGCGGUCCUGAGUCGCUAUACUGAUCUUCACAACAUAAUCAUGUCUAUUUCUAAUGCAGUGCUAUGUGAGGGCACACCUUCAACAUUGGCUUUUAGCCGUUUCACUUGCAUACAGAGAUUUCUUUGGAUUUUCUCUGAACCUUUCAGUGAUAUUAUGCACCAUCCUUAUUUCUGACAUAGUUUUCUGGGACGCUUUCUUUACUAAGAGUCAUUUUACUCGCCUGUCCAGUAGUUUAACAGCAUCAUCUUCAAAACGAGAACAUAUUUAAAAAUAACAAAGUUAAAGAAUGUUUAUUUUGGACUACUUUCAUGAAUUACGGGGUUUAAAUUUUUUGCAAAACAAUGCACUCUGUUUUUAUUGAGAUUUUUGCCUAAUGCCACAGCUUUUUUAGAAAGAGGUUUGUACUACUGUUACGUCAUCCACUGUGUACCUGGGGGUAACAAUACAAAAAAAAAAAGUUGUGAUGUCCUCAAAGCAUGAGCAAUACAAUAGUCACUUCUUAAGAGGGGACUUUUUUUCCCUGCUGUUGAACAAAGCAUGAUGAUACCAUAGUAAUCCUAAUAAUGACAGCUCAAACAUGGAAAGAACUCCUGAAUGUAAAACCAAGUUCAGUAUCCAUGUGAGGGUUUGGGUUUUUUCAGUUUAAUACACAAUUUACAGACUGUAUAAAGCAAUAUAUGGAAAAGUAAUGUGUUUAUAAUAAUAAAGCACAAUGUUUAAAA